AUGGGCGACUAUGAUCAGCGAUACCAGCAAGGUCUUUACCUGUCUCCAAACCAGCAAGACCUCCUUCUUGCUGCUCUUUCCUCCAACAAUCCGGAACACAAGCACCAGAAUGAAACCCCUCGGAUUAAGACUAGCCAGAGCCCGGACCAAAAUUCGUCCGGUCUGAGCGCUCCUCCGUCGGGCGACUACGAAAACACCCCCCAUGUGAAUGCCUAUGGUUUUGGAGGAGACGAUGAAAGUCCUUUUCUUGACUUUACUCCCGACGUCGACUUCGAUUUCCCCGGCUCGGCGGACCUCAUUGGCGACUUGCCAGGUUCGGCCGAAUAUGAACUGGGCGAGAAGCGCAAGUCCCUCGACGGAAAGUCAGAUCUCGAGGGCGAAGAAAAUGGAAAGAAGCGCAGAGAGAGUGAAGCGAAGAAGCCUGGCAGGAAGCCAUUGACAUCGGAGCCCACUACGAAGCGCAAGGCGCAGAACCGUGCUGCCCAGCGAGCUUUCCGCGAACGUAAGGAGAAACACCUGAAGGAUUUGGAGGACACGGUGGAAAAGCUACAAAAGAACUCCGACACGGCGAAUCAGGAGAACGGUUUGUUGCGUGCCCAAGUUGAGCGUUUGCAAGUCGAGCUCCGUGAGUACCGGAAGCGUUUGUCUUGGAUGGCUUCAGGGACCGGUAACGGCAUCUCGGCUAUGAGCUCAAACUCAAUCCCGAAUGCUCCGUCCAAGGGGUCAUAUGGCCUUCAAAAUAACGAGUUCCUUUUCGAUUUCCCCAAGUUUGGAGACUUGCCCGGUGGUCAUCUCUUCAACGGACAGGUCAAGGACCAAAACAAGCCCAAUCAAAAGCCCAAUGAUACCAACAACCGCGCCCCGGGUGUCAUGGCUCGCGACAGUAUGAAUGGUGCUUCGCGAACUUAUGGUGGUUAUGCCUCGUCCAAUAGCGCCAAUUCGGAUGGAACCCCUCACAGUGCUACCUCUGCUAAAACUUCCUACUCUGGGCUGAAGUCCUCAGCACCCACACACGACCUUUCCAACUCGGAUUCACCUUCAUCUUCGUCCGACUCGCACCAAAGCCAACUGCUCUCCUCCAACGGCACAUCCCCUGAGCCGAGCUUGAACUCUCCCCCAGAUGGCAAGCAGCACGAACUGGGACCGGGUGAUACCUGCGGAGGGCACCUUACCAUUGAUGGUGAGAAAUCCUUCUGCGCGCAAUUAGGCAUGGCCUGCGGCAACAUCAAUAACCCCAUCCCAGCAUUGCGGGAUAGCAAGGGCAAGUCCCACAGUUUCUCGAGUAACCAGACUACAGCUGAGGCCACAGGCCCAGUCGAUGAUACUCAAGACCUUGGAAUCGACUGGCUGGCUCAUCAAAAUGGCGGCCAGUUCGAUCCGGUGCUCUUUGGCGACUGGCGUGAGCCCCAGGACGCUGUGCUUUCCCAAGACUUUGGCUCAUUCUUCAACGAUGCCUUCCCUCUGCCAGACCUGGGCAGUCCUUCUCACAACCUCAGCGAGGUUGCCACUGACUCGGCGCCUAAGAAGAGUUUGAUCAGCCAGAUUGACAGCAGGCAAGAGGAGGAUGAGGUUGUUCCAGGAGAAGACAAGUCGCAGAUGUUGUCGUGCACAAAGAUUUGGGAUCGUCUCCAAUCCAUGGAAAGAUUCCGCAACGGCGAGAUCGAUGUCGACAACCUCUGUUCCGAGCUCCGCACUAAGGCACGCUGCUCUGAGGGUGGUGUGGUCGUGAACCAGAAUGACGUUGACGACAUCAUGGGCCGAGCCAAAUAGCGGACCAC